AUGGCAAUUGAUCCUUUUGAAGACAAUGCUUCACCAGAUGAGGGAACCGGCAACAAUGAGGGUGGAAAUGAUGAUAAUGUCACAACCAUCGGGACUUCAGACGAAUGGACUACGUUUAGAGAUAAUUUAACACAAACAAUUUUAUUUGUAGGUAUGGUUGAAAAAAGUCGAAAUUAUAGGACGUGGACAACACAUGAAGAUGCUAAGCUUGUGGAGGCGAUGUUAAAUAUGGUAAAUGCGGGUGGGUUUAAAGUCGAUAAUGGUUUUAAAUCUGGUUAUUUACAACAUUUGGGACAAGCAUUGAAAGAUUCACUCCCGAAUGCGGGUAUUCUGGCGAAACCUCAUAUUGAGUCACGAAUCAGAACUAUGAAGAAAGAGUGA